CGCGAUGAAUCUGCAGAUGCAGCCUCACCGCAUUCGGCGUGCAGCGGCUGACGUCAGGAGAGGAGCGGAGUGAGAGGGAGUUGAAAUAGGGCAGAGCAGGAGCGCAGCGCUGAGAGGAAAACCAGCCGGAGGAGCCGGAGGACGGCGAGCCGCUGCUGAGAGUUGGGGACGCGCUACUCGUUUGCUACUAACGCAGCUGCUUCCGAGACACCGAGCCUGCCAAUUAAAUCCGCGUAAAACCCCCGCGCCGAACCGGGGAGGGUUACAGGAGUGGGACUAAAAGGGGCGCAGUUUGGACGAGUCGCUGCGAGGAAAAUCUGUGGCACGUUUGCACGAAUUUUCCUUUCUUUCUGCCCCGUUGCCUUGGAGUACCACAGAUAGCACUCAUGGGCAGCGUGGGUGUUUGGGCCGUGGCCGUGGCCGCUCUGCUGGGGAUGUCGGGGAGCUGGCUGGCUGAAGGGCACAAGAGCAGCAGGCGAGGCGGCGCGGAUACAGCCAGGAUGUCACGUACCUCCUUUCAGGAACCGCACUCCGUGGGGAAGGGGAAAGCGGACGGGAACAUCGAUCAAUCCCUCUCUGAUCCGGACGGGGACCCCUGUCGGAGGACCUACUGUGGACGGGGUCGACAGUGCGUGCUGAUGGCGGAGACGGGGCGCGCCGAGUGCGUUUGCCAGGAGAAAUGCCGGCCCUCCUUCGUGCCGGUGUGCGGCUCGGACGGCCGGUUCUACGAGAACCACUGCGAGGUUUACCGCACCGCCUGCCUGGAGAGGAGGCGGAUCUACGUGGUGCACAGCAAGGACUGCUUCUUCAAAGGCAAUGCGUGCACUAUGUCAGAGUACAACAAGCUGAAGAACAUGCUGCUGGAAAUGCAGCCCAGAGUGCUGAAGAUUGGAGAAAAGAACCAGAAGAGAGACAUGGACGAGAAGCGGUCGCUGGUGGACACCAUGUUUAAAUACCUGGAUGUGAACCAGGAUGGACGGCUGGUGAGCGAUGAACUGGACAAGAUCUCGAUGAAGGAGCACCUGGAGGACAGUCUGCUGGAGUGCACCAUGCAAGACUUGCUACGUUACGACGACUACAACAACGACGGUCACCUCAGCCUACACGAGUUCUACACAGCUUUCCAGGUUGUCCAGCUGAGCCUGGCGGAGGACCAGCAAAUCAGCGUCUCCACGGUCACGGUGGGACUCAGCGCCGUCCUCACCUGCGCCAUCCAGGGGACGCUGCGGCCGCCGAUCAUCUGGAAGAGGAACGGCAUCAUACUGAACUUCUUGGACCUGGAGGAUAUCAACGACUUUGGGGACGACGGUUCCCUCUACAUCACCAAGGUGACAACCAUCCACAUGGGGAACUACAGUUGCCAUGCCUACGGAUAUGAAGACCUCUAUCAGACACAUGUGCUGCAGGUGAAUGUCCCUCCGGUGAUCCUGGUCUAUCCAGAGACGCAGGCCCAGGAGCCUGGCGUCUCUGCCAGUCUUCACUGCCACGCCGACGGCAUCCCCAAUCCCAAACUCCUCUGGCUGAAGAACGGCAUGGAUCUGCUGCCCAGAUCCUCCAAACAGCUCUCUCUCAUAGCUAAUGGCAGCGAGCUUUUUAUCGGCAGCGUCCGGUACGAAGACACCGGGGCUUACACCUGCAUCGCCAAAAACGAAGUGGGGGUGGACGAGGACAUCUCCUCUCUGUUUGUCGAGGAUUCGGCCAAGAAGACUCUCGCAAACAUUCUGUGGAGAGAAGAAGGGUUGAGUGUGGGGAACAUGUUCUACGUGUUUUCUGACGAGGGAAUCACCGUUCUUCAGCCGAGUGAAUGCGAAAUACGGAGACACAUGAAGCGGACGGAGAGGAUUGUGGCUACAUACGAGGAGAUGUGCCCUAAAGGUGAGGGGGUGUCGCCCCAGCGCUGCGUGUGGUCCUCGGCGGUGAACGUCCGGGACAAGUACAUCUACGUGACCCAGCCCCUCCAGAGUCGACUGCUGGUCGUUGAUAUUCAGGCGCAGAAGGUGGUGCAGGCAGUAGCGACAGAUCCGUUUCCAGUGAAGAUGCUCUACGACAAAUCCCACGACCAGGUUUGGGUCCUGACGUGGGGGGAUAUGGACAAAACGCACCCAACGCUUCAGGUGAUUCCACAAGCCAGCGUGGGUGAAGUGCAUCACGCCAUCCGCACGACUUUCCAGAGAGUGAACGACUUCUUCAUUCCUCCGACCAACCUCAUCAUCACACACGUGAGGUUUGCCUUUGUCUUCCUCAAAAACGAGCCGGCGGUGCACAAGAUUGACCUGGAGACCUUCCACAGAGUCAAGACCAUUAGCCUGAAGAACUACAGCUGCAUACCGGUCAGCAUGGCCUACACGCACCUGAGCGGCUUUUACUUCAUCCAGUGCCAGAGCAAGAGCCUCCUCCAAGCGCCGCCCCAGCUCCUCAUCGACAGCGUGACGGACGCCGUGAUCGGCCCCAACCUGAACGUCACGGGCCAGGCCUUCGUGUCGCCGGACGGCCGCUACAUCGUGACGCCGGACCCGCGGAGCUCGAGGCUCACGGUGCAGACAGUGUCGUUCCAGGGGGAGCUGGGCCUGAACCAGGAAGUAGACGAGCCCGUGGCUGUCUCCGACCUGGUUUUCCAGCCCUCCUUCACGGAGUCCAACCAGCACGUGGUCGUGGCCACCUCGGGCUCAGGCACGGACCUGCUGUUUGCCGAUCUGUCGUCGGGUCGCACCGAGGUUCUCCGGAGCCUCAAAGAGCCCCUGGCCCCCCAAGCUUGGCCGUGGGGAGGCCCCAACAGGGUGGUGGUCUCCAGCGGGUUGUUCGGACAGUACCUGGUGACGCCAUCGGUCGAGUCCCUCUUCGUCCUGAACGGCAAACAGAGGACGCCGCACUGCGAGGUGUCAGAUAUCAAGAGGGGGAACACAGUUGUCUGGGUUGGCGAGGUAUGAGUAAAAAUUAAAAAAAAUAAAAUAAAAAUUUAAAAAAAUAAAAGAGCAAGAGACGUAGAAUUAGGGGGGAAAAGAGGAAGGCCAAAUUACCUAUUAUUAAGAUUUAUGUGAACAUAAGUUGUGGACUCAACCCUGGGACUGAGCGCGAGGGAAACAUGGCUGGGUUUGUUGUAACAAAAGUACACUUAAAAAAAUAGAGUAAUUGAGAAAACAUUAAGAAAACUUGUUGUGAUAUUUCUAUUGGGAGAAAGUGUCAAUGCCGUUCAGUGCAACAGUGAUCUAUGUGCACUUAACUAUACAGAAUUGUACAUUAUUGCACUUCCUUCCAUGUUAUCACAGCAAAUAGGUACCUGAAGAGGGUUAUUAACGAACUAUGAACUAUGCACAAUGCUCACUUUUUUUAGACUAAAAAGCUUUCCGAUUUUUUUUUUUUUUUUGUUUAUCUCAACGAUGUUUGUCGUUUUCACAGUGCUGCAUAUAAUCACCACAAACUGUCUCUCUGUCCUGUCUGCCUUUAGUGUAUGCGUGUUCUGAGUCCUCUUAAAAGCUACCGACACCAUCCGUUUACUCGCCUCUCGUCAUAGUAUUGUACUGUAUUCUCCCACUGAACGCUUUCAUUCUCAUGCCGGCAGAGGUUGGCUUUAUGCACAUGUGUAUUCCCUCUAUUUACAUUGUCUAUCCAAAGAGCCCAGUCGGUCCAUUAGCCGCCGACAACGGCUGUUUUCGGUCGCAGAGGAAGCCCCACCAGAAAUUAAAAGUACAUCUUCUGCGGUCUCUUGCAGCGGUAUAAUCUGUCCCCAGCUGUCUCUCACUUUUAUUCCGAACCUGCGGCACUAGCUCUUGUGCUGUGAAGCCUGAAAAUGCCACUUAUACCACUUAGCAGAUUCCCUCAGGGUAAUGACUCCAGCUUAUACACUGACCCAUAUGCCGAGGCCAAAACAGAGGCGGCGUCGACUCCUUGGCUGUGAGCAUUUGUGCAUCCUCUCAAGAUCAAACUCCGAAUCGGACCGGCGCUUCUCACGAGGUAAUUAGUAACAGAUGAAAGAUGCUUCGCCGUCUAGACAACAUCAAAUUCACGUAUCUCGUAGGAUGAUCCAGACCCUCUAAAUCCCCCCGCUAAUACACCCUGUUCUCUGAUGAGUCACCACAAGCGAGGCAUGCACACACAAUAUUAGGAAGGUGGUCAUAAUGUUAUGCCUGAUCGGUGUGUGUGUUCUGUAUUUCAAAGCCCAGCAGCCUGUUUCAGAAGUAGGGAUACAUUUUUAACAGACCUGUACUGUAUUUAAACAUUAUUCCUGUUUUUCAGGAAUUGUUUCGUCAAAUUACAUAAACGACUGUAAAUGUGCCUACUUUUGAAAACUAACUGAAACCUCGAGGCUGUAAAAACAAACACCAGCAACUCUUCACGUCAGAACGCCGCAUACUUACCGUCUGUGGCUGAACUGCAUCGUCGUGUGUGUGUGUGUAACUGUGUUUUUCCACUUGCACUAAUCAUCAUAAUGCUCCAUUAGCGGCAAAGGAAGCAUGUCAGCUUCUCUGCAGAUGUGACAGUGUUUUCAGAAAUUACUCGAACCGUAAUCUCUCUGUCGCUUUUCCUGCCUCUUGACAGUCGUGUCGCUCAUCGUGUGAAUUCUCUUUAUGGCUCGUACAUAUUAGGAAGAAAUGGGUGUCAGUGUAAGGGCAAUGGCUUUUUUUCUCUCUUCCACUUUUAUCUUUUCACGUCGGGAGAAGAAUUCUUCCGCAUGGCUGAUUCUGGUAUUGUGCUAAAUCUGCAAUCUCCUACGAAACCCUUUUCAAACGCCGCUCGACUUUACGCGGAUAAGGAUUAAUAAAUUAUAUAGUUAGAAAACUGGAAUCUUCCCACGUUAUAUUACAUAAUUUAUUUAUUUUUUUUUUUACCAGUGAAUGUAAGAAACUGAGCUUCUCUUGGCAGAAAGAAACACAAAUGAUUUGGACACACACAUCUGGGAACAACACAAUGGGCCUCAAGCAAGAACCACACACGGCAACAAAUAGAUCCCUUCACAGUUUAUAAACAGUGUGACGUUUUUUUUGAGGGGGUGGGGCUUAGCUGGAUGCAAAAAAAAUCCUGUUAACACCAGUUAGCAUACUUCAAGAGACUGUUUUGGCAACAAUGGACGAAGAAAACACAUAUUUUACAGAAUAUACAAAUACACUCAAUCCCCGAGACUGUGAGUGUUAUCUUAAAAAGAAGCAACCCCUACACUCUCACUCACUGGAUGGACAAU